UCCGCGGUCGGAAUAACGCGACAAGAAAACAACACCUCAAUUUAUGGAGGAAGUUAGUUCCCAAACACUUGAAUAUGCUCACUCUGAGUUUAAAAGACAGAAUUAUAAACGUGCAGAAGACCUUUAUACAACGUUUAUCUCUUCCUGCGCACAGUUCAGGGAAUGUGAAGCUAGUAAAUUGGCAAGCGCCUACAACAACCGCGGACAGAUAAAGUACCUGCGGGUGGAUUUUAAUGAAGCAGUCGAGGACUUCACCUCCGCAAUACAGACUGACUGUCGCUUUGAAAUACCUUUCUACAACAGAGGACUCAUCCGCUAUAGACUAGGUUUUUUCAACGAAGCCAAGAGCGACUUCCAACAAGCGUUAAAACUCAAUCCAGAUUUUGAAGAUGCCAAAGACAGCCUGCAACAAACACUUCUGGACCAGCAACACAAGACAGAAAGGGGAUACUGAAAGCUUCAUAAACCUUAAAUCUAGCUGCUACAGAAAACAUGUACAUUCUCUCAAAUUAAUUGCAUUUAUGUACAUCUGUCAUAUUGCAAAUGAUUGUUUAUUUGAUUGGAUAUGAAAAUGCAGAUCUAUGAACAAAUGUAUCACUAUGAAUAUGAACAUUAAAGUGUAAGACAAGCAAUAUAAAGCAACCUGCACAAGCAAUGUCACCAGUAAAGAUCAAAAAUAUUGCUGCAAAAACAUUUGUUGUCCAAGAGUAUUGAUCAUUCCUUUUCUGCAGUAACUCGAGAUUCUUCCAGUUGGAAAUAAUGGAAGGUCCUCAUAAAUAUAUCAUUGUUUAUGUCUGGGAGCGGACUGUGCAGACUUAUCGACCCGGUGAAAAGAUAUGCUUGGGUUUUACCGUUGGUAAAGAAUGUCAUUGCACCCUCUUGAAUCCAAUGUGAGGAGGUUUGUGGCUAUAAACAAACCUGAAUCAAGUGCGAGUGUGCAGUAAAGAUAAUCAGUCUGUCAGCUAAAAAUGAAAAGCAUGUUUUGGUGUCUUACAUUUAUUUUUUCUCAAAUAUGUUUUUUAAGAAGGAUAGUCGGUCUCUUGACAAUUUGGAUCUCUUGAAAAAAUAAAAUUAUAUAUAUUCCCAUCCCAAACUUAAUGUAUAUACA